GCUUCUCGUGGCACGAGCAAGAAGAACACGCCUGUUCCCGACGCUCGAUCGGCGCUGUUCGACACUGCCCUUCGCCACGAUCUCACCGCGCAAGCCGUAGAGGGAACUCGAAAAAUGUCCCAGAUCGGAGGCUCAUCCGGAGCAGCGCCGGGAGCCACACCCAAAGUCUCACCCAAAGGUACACCCGGAGCUUCACAGGUAGCCUCACCCGGAGCCGUACACCACCCCGCCGACGGGGAGAGCCAGCCGUACCUGUGGGCGCGCCAGCUGUACAUCAUCCUGUGGAAGAACAUCUACCUGAAGCGCCUCUGUCGCCACUACACGACCACAGUGUUGGAGAUCGCGCUCAUGGUCACUUUGCUGAUGGGCAUUGAGGAGGACUCCGUGGCCCGCGAACCCCUGAUGCGACGAGGCGACACCACUUUCAUGGUCACGCGCACCGGCACCUUCUGGAACACGCAGACGGACGUCGUCCGCGUGCGGAAGGUGUACUUUGCGCCGAACAACAAGUACCUGGACUGGCUGACCCGCACCGCGAUGGCCCAACUCGGUGUGCGACACGUAAUCAAUGUCGACACCGAGAAGCAGCUGUUGAUGGCGGCGCGCCAGGUGGCCAAUAAGUCGCUGCCCGCCCGCGAGGUGGCCCUGUUCUACGCAGGCGUCGGCAACGACACGGAGUCCGAGCCUGUCAGUCUGCACGUGACGUUCUUCGCGGGACGCUUGCCCUUCGACAUCCAGGUGCAGUACCCGCAGCGGCUCAUCUCGAUGCCCGAGGGCCCCGUGGUGGAGGAGGAGCUUCCCGAGAUGAACACGCUGCUCCCCAUCAUCGGGGCUUUGCAGCAACGUCACCUCGAGAUGCAGGCACAUCGCUUCAAGUACCCGCACCCCGUGGAGCCGGUCCAGCUGCAGCGGUUCCCGUUCCCCUCGUACAUCGAGUACCGGGACACGAAGAACUACGCUCUCGUGCUGACCCGCUUCUGCAUCGGGAUGCUGGUGCCCUUCUCCGUGUUCGUCGCCCGGCUGGUAGACGAGAAGUCCACGGGCUUGAGGGAGAUGCUGCGGGUCGUCGGACUCGGCGACUGGGUGUACUGGCUGAGCCACUACCUGAGCGGCUUCUUCAUGCACAUCAUCAUCGUGACGCUCAUGAUGCUCUUCGUGAGCGUCAAGCGCAACGAGGAGGGACGCGCCUUCAUCCAGUUCAGCGACCCGCUGCUCCUCUUCACCAUACUCAUGUGCUUCUGCAGUUCGUGCCUCAUGCACGCCAUAUUGUUGUCCGUGUUCUUCGCGAGCCCUCAAUCGGCCGUAGCCGGCGCCAUGCUCUACUGGACUUUCAGCUGCGUCAUGCCCUUCCUGACGCUUGAGCACGCCGGCGGCCAGGGCUACUAUUACAUACAGCGCAAGCACAAGCUCUGGACAUCCAUAUUCCCUGGCAUGAGCUUGCACUGGAGCUUCCGGGUGCUCGAGCGCUUCGAGAAAUUCGUUGAAAAUGGCGCCAGCUGGAAGAACUUCUUCGAUCGCGCGGCCACACCCGACAAUGUGACAUUGGCCGAGAUACUGUUGGUGGGCAUUCUCACCGACUGUACCAUCGUGAUCAGCGUGUGGUACCUCGACAACGUGUUAGCGAAGGGCCCGGGAAUACCGAAGCCGUACCUGUUUCCUUUCAAGGUUAAAUACUGGGUGCCGUCUAUGACGUUCAUCCAGCCGCAAUUGAAGGUGGUCCUAGAAGUCCUUAACUUCGAAUCUGAGCCUGGACAUCUUCUGCCCGCCAUCGAACUUGUCGGCGCGAGCAAGGACUACGCCGGCGUGGUGGCCGUGCAAGACGUGGACUUACGCAUCUACGAUACCCAGAUCACUGUGCUCCUUGGCCAUAAUGGCGCGGGCAAGACAACUUUACUCAACAUGAUUACAGGUUUUCUGGACUGCACGUCCGGCCUCAUUCUUAUCGGCAACUACGACAUUAUGGAUUGCACCAGAGACGCGCGCCAGAGCAUCGGAUACUGCGCGGAACACAACAUCUUCAUCGAGGACCUCACCGUCGAGGAGCACCUUGUGUUCUUCGCAAUUUUGAAGGGGAUACCACUGACAAACGUUCGCUACGAGGUGGUCACCCUGCUCCACGACGUCAGCCUCAUGGAGUACCGCUCGGUGCUGGCCGUGGAACUGACCUUGGGCAUUCAGCGGCGCCUCUGCACGGCUAUAGCCAUUCUCGGUAAACCAAAGGUGAUCAUCAUGGACGAGCCGACGGCCAACAUGGACCCCGACAGUCGGCGAGAAAUGUGGGAGCUGCUGCUCAAGAUACGCCGCAGUUGCGCAAUCUUACUCACCACGCAGCACCUGGAUGAGGCUGACAUGCUUGGCGACCGAAUAGUCAUCAUGGCCAACGGCCGCAUCAGGUGCAGCGGCUCUCCGACUUUCUUGAAGCAGCGAUUCAGCACCGGCUAUCACAUGCGGAUCAAGAAGUUGCCGAAGUGCAACAUUCCGGGCAUCGGUAAACUGCUGGUAAAGUACGCACCGAAAGCCAAGCUGCAAAGCAACUCGGACAACGAGGCAUUGUUCAUCCUCGGUCACCUCGCGGCCUCGCAGAAGAUUGUCACAAUGUUCAAGGAUAUAGAACAGCAAAGCGUGGAGCUGGGCAUCGAGUCAGUAGGCUUGGCAGUGACGUCGCUCGAGGACGUUCUCAUUCGGGUGGGCGAAGAGCACCACCUUCACCAUCACCAGAAGCACCCGGACAUCUUCAGCGACGAUGUCUCUGUUCUCGAAGCACGGAUGAGCUUGGUGAAGACGAUGGCCAGCAUGGCAACCAGAGAACCGUCGCUCACGACUCGCGUGGUGGCCAUGAUGACCAAACGCGGCACGCAUGUGUGGCGCCAGAAGGCGGCACCGCUUUUCAGCUGGAUAAUGCCACCGCUGCUGCUGAUGCUGCUCUUCUUUCUCGAGUACGUCGGCGGGAAAAACAGCGGCGGCGCAUUGGAACACGUGGGGAACACGCUCCCCUACACUUUUCUCCAGGUGGUCACCCAAGCAAAGGGUUUCAUUCAGGCGGACACGGAAGACAAUUUCCGACAACGCUGGCUGGAGCCAAUGUUCGGGCCCAGCUUCCACGUGACCCCGGUCGACGCAAGCGUCGACGUCACCCAUAUGCUACUUGAUGCUUCCAGGGAGUCCCUCUACACGUACGUCUUCGACACGCACUUCGGCGUGCAGAUGACCAAGAAAGCUGGAAACGUACUCUGGUACAACGGCCAGAUCCAGCACAUGGCGCUCCUCGUGCUGAGGUUGUAUAACACCGCUCGGCUUCGUAACGUGACCAACAUGGAGACAGCCGUGUUUGACUUCGACGUCACGACGGGGGCCAUUGAGGAAGAACGCGGGGUGGGAAACCAGGCGAGCUUGGAUGAGGACGUCCACAGCCAGAAGGCGUACCGCAACAUGCUGCCCAAGUACCUGCGCUCCAUCUUCUUUCCCCUCGUCUCCAGCCUCAUGUGCAGCAACUUCGUAUUUUUCCCCAUCACGGAGAGGAAGCUGCAGGUGAAGCACCUGCACUUGAUAACGGGCAUGACCCCGCUGCUGUACUGGACGAUGAACUUCAUCUUCGACUUCAUGUUCUACAUGGGGACGGCGAUGAUGGUGCUGCCACCGUUGUUCUUCAUCCCGGACACAUCUCUCAAGAUGAGCGACAUCCAACUCGUCUUCAUGCUGAACCUGCUCCACGGCUACGCAGCUCUUCCGGUGGUCUACACAUGCUCCUUCCUGUUCGACGACCCCAACGUCGGAUUCUCCACGCUCGCUAUCUCAACUUUUAUUAUGUCCUCCGUGGGCUGCCUCGGCGCGAUGCUCGUGGAGCACUACGCCGAAGACGGCAGGAGCUCCGGCCUCGUUGAGCUCGUCCGGGUGGCGCUGCAGGUGCUCCGGCUGCUGCCCUCGUACUCGUACUCCAGAGCCAUGAUCAAGAUCCUGGAGCUGGCCAGCGAGAACGCAGUGUGCCGCAGCGGUGGCGCCGAGCUCGAGAGCUACUGCCACGCCUCCGACGUCUCUCGACAGAUGUCGCUGCAGCGGUGCUGUCAGCACCGGCACGUGCCGGACCCUUCGGAGUACGCCAUCCAGCCGCUGGAAGCGAACGCCUACUCGGCCUUCUACGAGGUGCUCACGCUGUCCAUCGAAGGCGUGGUCGUGUUCGUGUUGCUGCUUUGCAUCGAAUCCUGGUGCCUCUCGCUAGACAGGUGGUUGAGCUUGCCCGAACACCCACAAGGGUUGGCAGCCCCGCAGCCGGCCGCACCAGACGUAGCGCUGGGCCUCUCCCCAGCAAAGAACCGCCUCGCAAGGUUAGAGGACACGGACGUUCAGAACGAGAACAAACUCGUCGACGAACUCGCGGCUGGUCGCUUGGGGCCUUCCGCUACGAAGCCCUUCAUGUUCGCCCACCGCCUGUGCAAAGCCUACGGCUACGUCGACAACCACAGAGUGCUGCAGGGGCUGAGUUUCACUGUGCAGCCCGCCGAGUGCUUCGGCCUUUUGGGCGUCAACGGUGCGGGCAAGACGACCACGUUCCGCAUACUGUCUGGCGAAAUACUGCCGCACCAAGGGGACGCUGUGGCCUUGAACUUCUCGCUCGUACGCGAGAGACUACAGUUCCAGCGCUUCAUCGGCUACUGCCCGCAGCGGGACGGCCUGCUCGAUAUGCUGACGGGCAUAGAGACGCUCACUCUUUUUGGACGUCUCAGCGGCAUAACCAUGACUGCUGAGUACAUGGAUGCGCUUCUCGACGUCUUCCACCUCGAUGAAAUCGGAGGGCAGCUCGUCUCUACCUACAGCGCCGGCAACAAACGCAAGCUGUCGCUGUGCCUCUCGAUGCUGGGCAUGCCGCGCCUGGUGCUGCUCGACGAGCCAUACGCCGCCAUCGCCACGACGUCUCGGAAGCGCAUCAUCAACUUCAUCUGCGCACUGCAGAAGGUCAGCCAGAUCUCCGUCGUGCUCAGUUCGCACAGUCUGGUCGACGUGGAGUUCCUCUGCAACCGCAUCGCCAUCCUGGGUGGUGGGCGCCUCCAGUGUCUCGGCUCUCUGGCGCACCUCAAGCAGAAGUUCGGCAAGGGUUACACCAUCAGCGUCAAGACGUACCCGGACAAGAAGCAGGACCUCGGGUACCAGCGGCAGGUGGCCGAAGACGUGCGCAAGAACUUUACGGAUGCCGAGCUAGUGCACAGCUAUGAGGGCCUGCUGGAAUUUCGGAUGUCUCAGGUUCACAUGCUGUGGAGCGAGAUGUUCACGCGCAUGGCACGCAUCAAGAAGAUGCGCAAGCUGCAGGACUUUUUCAUCACGGACACAUCGCUGGAGCAGAUCUUUCUGAGCGUCACGCGGAAGGAGGCCAGCGAGGCCGCGGCCGCAGCGAUGGCACUGGCAGCGCCGGGAAACCGUCCGGUCAUGGCGCCCGCCGCACUGGGGAUAAUAUAAAGGCGCUGCCUUCUGGGCGUGGCCAUCGUU